AUGAAGCUUUUAUUCUUUUGUUUUUUCGUUUUCUACAUUUUGUCUGUCGCAAAAUCGGAUGAUGAAUUGCACAUAGAUCUGGAUGAAUACGAAAUAAAAAACAAAUUCAGCAUUCGUAUCUUGAAAGGGUCUAAAUUGAGGUGUGGUUUAGAAAUUCGGGAUACAGCCGAAAUAGAAAUGAGAACAUUCUCCCCAGGGGUUAAUAUAAUGCCUCACAUACUAUCGGAUUAUCAAUUUGGUUAUGCCCAGCAGACAUUUAUAGUCGGCGAGCACAACAUUUCUCCCUUAAAUGAGGGUUUACGCGGAAUGUGCGUUGGAGAGUUACGACGAGUUGGUAUCCCUGUAGGUGGCAUUGGAAAGAUGUAUUAUGAAAUCACCCUGAAGGACUACACAAAAGGUGUCGAAAAAAAAGACGAACUGUAG